GCGUCGCUUCAGGGUGAGGGGCAUGGAGAGCAGGCAAAGGAGGUGCCACGAGAGGAGGUACCACAGGAAGAGGUCCGGGGUACUUAGCGAGAGAGAGGGCUGGGCGAUGAGGGGAGACAUGCAGGGAAAGAAGUGAUAGAGGUUGAAGAGGACACGCCCCCACAGAUGCCAGCAGUGGGUUUGAGACUCGGGGAUGCACCAGGGAGCACCCGGUCGACAAAUGAGGGGUUGCAGAGAAAGGAGACCCCUUUACCUUCGUCAGAAAAGGCUCCUUCGCUAGAAGAGAGGGCAGCUGUAAGGAGAGAAGCUUUGAUCCUGAUUGAUAGGCACCUAGCAGGUCAUGCCCUGGAGCACCCAGACCUGGAGGAGCCAGCACCUGCAGAACCACGCCAGAAGUCAUGCCAGCCCGAGAAGGAAAUGGAAGUAGAAAUCCCAAAGAGGGUCGACCUCCGCACGAGGGAAAGAGCGCACGCUGGAGGGACGGCUGAAGAAAAGAGGAGGUUGGAGGCAGCAGGGGAGCUCUCGGAGCAGCAGCAAGAGAGGCAGAGAUCGGAGACAGCAGGAGCACUCCCGGGUCAGCCGCCCAGCGCACCAGCUAGGGCCCUAGAGAUUCCUGAGAUAUGGAGGGAUUUCUGGGAGCAUAGAGGAGAGGAGCUUCCAUCGCCAGUCAGAGCCGGGUUUGGGGUGGCCAAGAAGACGGAAGAAAGGUUAGAUCAUAAAAUCAAGUUCCUGGCCAAGACCACUUUUGACCGGCACUUGUUAUUAGAGGGCGAUCUGGCAGGGAAGAAAAUGAAGGAAGCCAGCCAUGGAUUACGUCUGGAGGCUAUGGAGAUGGAAAUUCAGGAACUUAGGGCUUUGGUGGCCAGCCAGGCAGCUAUUAUUGAGAGCCUGAGGCAGCAAACCCAGGGAAAGGCGGACAGACCAGAGAGCAGCCGGCAGGGAAAGCAGAGGCAGCCAGGACAGGGAUUGCCAGGACAACCAUCUGCGACAGAGCCUCGCCAGGAGCCGCCUAUGUGGAGAGUUAUCCUGGAGCCAGAGGAGGCGAGACCCCAGAGACAGGCAGAGAGAGAGGCGUUCGAGUUUAGAGUCCCUACUGAGCUCGCGAUGCUGCCGGUGGCGGCGACAAGCCCGGUCGUACCUUUGGCAGUAGAGGAGGGGCUGCCACCAUCUAGCAUUGAGCCGGCUCAGGGCUCGGCAGAGGGAUCCAUGGGCGUGCUCCUUGAGACGGUGCAUACUAUGCGGGAGGAGGUGAGUUUGUUUUCACCUGAGCAGAGGAUAGAGGAGCCUCUUGAGAGAGAGAUGGGGAUUGAGAAGAAGGGUGCCAUCGAGGGCAGACUUCAGAGGAUAGGCACGCCUGAGUAUGGACCAGAGGAGAUUGAGGAGCAACCCACGGCAGUGCCAGGGGCGACACUCGAGAGGAGGCCUCAGAGGUUGGACACGCCCCGAGUACGUCCCAGCGACAGAGGAUUUGAGAGGCAGGCUAGGAUCUUGGGCUACUGGAUCUGGGUCUGGUGGACCGGUUCCGGGGACAGAGCGGUAGGAAGUCGUUGGUACUGCAGCUCCUUAAGCAGAGCAGCAGGGGGUAAUCAGUACCUUGGCAGGAUCUCCUUCAUCACCACCUCCUCAGCCCAGGAAGAGGAAGUUAAGGAAGAAGGUUGAUCAACUAUGUUUCUACUGCAAGAGGAGCGCGCAUCAUGCUU